AUGUCUAAAGGAAUUACAUGGGAUAUUUACUCGUCUACCCAGUCAGUUACUCUGCUCACCCCUGAGCAGAGGAAGGUCACUGGGAGUAAAAAUCCCUAUUCCCCACAGCCUGCAAAGAGACGCCCUUACCUAGUAUUGGGCGUCAACCAGGACGGAUCGUUCACAGCGGUGCCGAUUACCAGUCGGGGAGAGGAGGGAUGGGAAGACUUGAGCAUGAAGGACCAGCUGAGAUUCCUGCCGAUCGGCAGAUGUCCUGAGGGAAUCUCGCGAACAGUGGUGGAUUUGGAAAGUGUGACGUCGGGAUGGCGCGGGGAGAAUUCUCUUCUCACCUCGACAUCCCUCCUCUUCCUUGACGUCAUCGAGACUUUCCGCCCGGAGGCGAUGUGUGGAUGCCAGGGGAGGGUUUCCGAAGAGAGCCUUCUGAUCUUCCGCCCGGAGGCGAUGUGUCGGUGCCAGGGGAGCGUUCCCGAAGAACGUCUUCUGCUCGCCCAGGCCGAGUCAGCAAAAAAUCAAUGGAAACCUCAGGUUCAAUAUCUACUUUCCCUUGUACCAACUUUUGAAAAGAAUCAAUUACUUUUUGAAAUGACAAGCACUCGUAGUACGAAUACCUCCAUAACCCAUUCAACCCCAGUGAUAAUGGAGGGUCACGAGGGAUCAACCUGGCGCAGGCUUCGACAUAUUCACCUCGAAAAGAGCUAG